UGCAGACUACACUUUACUCUGUAUGAUUUGUGACUCUGUCAAAGACGAACCUGGUUUUCCGUAACUUUGUUGAACAUCUCACCGAGAACUUUAUUAUAAUAUAGAAGAAUAUUCCACAACAGUUACUAUUAAAACAGUGAACAACACACUUGGAGAAGACAAAAACACAACCAGGAAAGAACAGUCAGAGGACGGCAUCAGCAAUCUGGACAAGGAAGAAGUAUUCAGAUCCUUUACUCAAGUAAAAGUAUACCACACUGAAGAUACUUCAGUACAAGUUGAAGAUGGAUGCAUUUUCUCGGCCAGAAUUGUUUGAUUUCCACGGAGUCUCGAUGACUCACUUUUUCACAGACAACUGGGAGAACAUUCAACACUUUCAGGCCAGGCCAGAUGAUAUAAUUGUUGCAACAUACCCCAAAACAGGAAACACCUGGGUCUCCUACAUCCUUGACCUGCUGCAUUUUGGUCAGACAUGUCCAGAGCGUGACACAUCCGUCCCUUUCUAUGAAAGGGUGAUUAACUUGGAGAUUGCCUUGCCUGCUAUGCAGUCAGGAUUAUCCAUGAUAAAAGGAACAGAAAUCCUGAACAACGUCUCCACCUCUCCUCGAAUCCUCAGGACUCAUCUACCAGUCCAGUUUCUACCAAAAUCCUUUUGGGAGAAAAACUGCAAGAUAGUCUAUGUGGCCCGCAAUGCAAAGGACACUGCUGUGUCUUAUUUCCAUUUCGAACGCAUGACAACGAUCUUCCCAGAGCCUGGAGACUGGAGCAGCUACCUCCAGAGAUUCAUGGAUGGAAAGAUGGUGUUUGGAUCCUGGUGCGACCAUGUGAACGGCUGGUGGGAGAAGAAACAGAGUUAUCAAAAUCUCCAUUACAUGUUCUAUGAAGAUCUGAUUGAGGACACUGGACGGGAAAUAGACAAACUCUGCUGCUUUCUUGGUUUGUCUCCUUCAGCCGAGGAGAAGGAAAGAAUUAAAGGCAGAGUGCAGUUUGAUGAUAUGAAAAGGAACAGCAUGGUCAACCAUUUAUCAGAAAAUUUCGAUUCCAAAAUUUCUCCUUUCAUGAGAAAAGGGAAAGUUGGUGACUGGAAGAACCAUUUCACUGUCGACCAGAGUGAACACUUUGAUGAAGACUACAAGAAAAAGAUGAAGAAUCCUACACUGCAGUUCCGCACUGAAAUUUAGAGGCCUGUGAAUAAUGAAGAUUUCUGAACUGACGAUUAAAUAGAUAAUAAUGUUGUUGUUACUGAUUCCAAUGUUACAUUUCAUUGACAAGAAUAUUGUCUAAUCAGUGUGAGACAUCUUUUCUUAUAAUGAUAAUUAUAACUGAUGUUAUAAAAUCGUCAAAGAAUUUGCAAUAAUAUUUACAAAAAUCAAAGCUUGAUGACUUCAGACGAUUAUGUCACUAGUUUGUGUUAAUUAGAUGGAAUUGUAUUUACAUUAAUGGGUAGAUAUGUAUCUCAGACAGAACACAUUAUUAAAGUGUGGCAGGAUGCUAACAGUAUCCUGAAUCAAUGAAAAUAUACAAGACUAAACGGAGCUAGCCUAUGACAAGCAACAAGCAUGUUGCAAUUAUCAUUGAAUGCUCGCAAAGCCCUUUUCAUUUCAGAUGCAAACAACUAUUAUUGAUUACUAGAUGAAUAUACAGGGAAAUAUUCUACACCUAAAAUGU